AAAAACAAAUGAACGCAUCCAACUCAAUGCAGAGCAGUUCUUGUAUAUGAAGUCGGUAAAGAUAUCCGGCCGCACGUUGCCUCCGCAGUAGAUCCUGUGCAGUCUUCAAGGCCUCAAGCCAGACUGAAAGUUCGCGAGCAUCACAUUAGGCAGGAUACCAAGCCUCUAUUAGAAUAGAACACUACAUGUCCCGCUCACGUACUACUGAAGAAACGGACAAGGAUCUCGACUUGGUCCCUCAGCCAGUGAGCCAUGAUGUGCUCACAUCUAGUGAGGCGUUUCCACCAAGCGCCGUUGUCCUUCAUGAAGACGUAGAGAUCGAAGAUGAAGAGCCUGAGAGAUUCUUUGAGACGGGGCUCGGCUUGGAUGCUCUAGAUGCUAUCAACCCACUCGAGGAUGACGACAGCACCAACUCCCUCACUGGCGCCCAGCGCCCUCUUGCGCGGACCAUGACCAUCUCAGUCCUUUCAACCUUUUCGUAUGGAUCGGCUUUAUCAUAUCGGAGCUCUGGGGUCAUAUAUUCCCUAAAGGAUCUUUGCGAUCAUGUCAUCGAGAAACACAUCUGGCUACAAAUGGCAAGGAUUGUCAGCACAUCCUGCUAUUCUCAGUAUCGAAACCUCGUUCUACAUCGCUUCCUUAUCCUCCAGUUACGCCGUCCCGGGAAACAGGAUAUAUGGUUACGGAUUGAUCGAAGGGCUGGAUUAGGUGCUCUCUCACUCAUGUGGAAACUUGGUAAAACACGUGCCCAUGAUACGGCUCAGCUCUCGGCGUCCAAGGAAGCCCUCGUUCGAAAGGCACGUCUGGAGAAUGUCCAAACGUUUGAAAAAGCGCCCUUCCUUGGUGAUUUUGGCAAUUAUCUUCGCGUUAUUUGCGAAGAACUGCUAGAGUAUAAGAUUUGGCCGGAGAACUGUUGGAUGUUCUGUUCUCUCUUGCAAGAGCACCUCGGGAUCUCGGGAGACGGGGAUUACACCUUCGGGAUCCCAAUUGCUCGUGACACAGCACCACUUGUUCGAACGAGAAUAUCUGAACGAGCACUGGCCCAUGUUUCACCCAACACGAUAAUGACUGCCUUGCGAAGUGCGGCCUGGACCUUUAUCCCUCAGUGGCAACCCUUAAGCCUUGCAAAGCCGACGGGGUGGCUUUCUCGCUCGAUAGUGACGUUCCUUGCCAAAUUUGCCUACCCAGCACAAGGCUUAGAUACCAGUCACCAUUCGCAAGGCCUCAUGGAGUGGAUCACAAACUCUUCGCUUGUCGCUCGCUUAGAAAAGAGCGAACUCCACUCUCGUAUCGCUAUACACUGCAUCGAGACCCUUUGCCGUUUGCCAGAGGAAAAUAUUCUCCAACUUCCGAAUCCUUUGAUCCUCAACUCUGACAUUCCAGACCUUGCUCUUCGGAUCCAGUCGAAUAUCUCCUCUGACGUUCAAUAUGCCGCGCUCUAUGGCCUUCUACAUGUGGCGGAAAUUGAAAACCCCUCAACGGAGUUGUUCAGCAAAUUAGAAACAUUUUUCGCCAAAUCAAUGAUCAAAUGGCUGGAAGUAUUGAGCCUGCUAGGGGCGACAAAGAAUGCUGUUGUUGAAUUAGAUAAAGUUACUAUAUGGUGUGAGAAUCAGUGCCGUCAAUUGCAGGACCAGAAGCCACAAAAAGCUUUGCUCCGACUGCUGUUGCAAUGCUGUCGCUUCACCUCCCAAUACUAUGAAGUCAUUUCGGUUUCUGCUGGUCAUAUCGCACAUUCAGCCGACGCAAGUUGGCAAAAGCAAUACUGCAGACGAUCUCCUGAGUGUCUCCCAACAGUGCGAGGGGCCAGUUCUGCAUUAGAUAUUUUCCUUACCAUCCGAGGCCACAUCGAGGGGGUCACCUCGGUCUCAUUCUCGUUAGAUGGAUUGAGGGUAGCGUCGGUAUCCAGGGAUGAGACGGUACGAAUCUGGGAUGCACUAACUGGGCAGGAACUCAAGGUCCUCCGAGGGCACACCAAGUCGGUCACCUCAGUCUCAUUCUCAUCGGAUGGAUUCAAGGUAGUAUCGGCAUCCGAGGAUGAGACGGUACGAAUCUGGGAUGCACUGACCGGGCAGGAACUCAAGGUCCUCCAAGGGCACACCAAAUCGGUCGCCUCGGUCUCGUUCUCGUUGAAUGGAUCCAGGGUAGCGUCAGCAUCCGAGGACGGGACGGUACGAAUCUGGGAUACACUGACCGGCCAGGGACUCAAGGUCCUCCGAGGACAUACCGGGUCGGUCUACUCAGUUUCAUUCUCAUCGGAAGGAUCUAGCGUAGCAUCGGCAUCUUGGGACAAGACGGUACGAAUCUGGAAUGCGCUGACCGGGCAGGAAAUCAAGGUCCUCCAAGGGCACACCUGGCCGGUCACCUCGGUCUCAUUCUCGUUGGAUGGAUCCAGGGUAGCAUCGGCAUCUUGGGACGAGACGGUACGAAUCUGGGAUACGCUGACCGGGCAAGAACUCAAGGUCCUCCGAGGACAUACCUGGCCCGUCGCCUCGGUCUCAUUCUCGUCAGAUGGAUCCAGGGUAGCGUCGGCAUCCGAGGACCAGACAUUGCGAAUAUGGGACGCGCUGAAUGGGCAGGAACUGAAGGUCCUCCGAGGGCACACCGGGCCGGUCGCCUCAGUCUCAUUCUCGUCAGACGGAUCCAGGGUAGCAUCAGCAUGCAGGGAUGGGACGGUACGAAUCUGGGAUGCGCUGACCAGACAAGAACCUAAGAACCUCCAAGGGCACACCGGCUCGGUUACUUCAUUCUCAUUCUCGUCGGAUGGAUCCAGGGUGGCGUCGGCAUCCGAGGACCAGACAGUACGAAUCUGGGACGCACAGACCGGGCAGGAACUCAAGGCCCUCCAAGGGCACACUGGAUCGAUCGCUUCAGUCGCAUUCUCUUUCGAUGGAUCCAGGGUAGCGUCGGCAUCCGGGGACCAGACAGUACGGAUUUGGGAUGCACUGACCGGGCAGAAACUCAAGACCCUACGAGGGCACACCAGGGCAGUGACUUCAGUCUCAUUUUCGUCUGAUGGAUCCAGGAUAGCGUCGGUAUCCGAGAAUGAGACGGUGCGAAUCUGGGAUGCAGUGAACUGGGAAGUGAUCUCCACUGAUGAGUCUAUCACAUCUAACCCCUAUCCGGAUUCAUUUCCCAAUUUAAGCAACAUUUCCUAUGAUUGCUCAUUUGCCAUAGUCAAGCAUGAUGAUUUUAACCACAUCCACCUCUUUGCCGGACCUUGUGGAUCCCCUCAUUUUAUUGCCCCUUCCUGUAUAAGUGACAUUAUUACUACUUGGAAGAUGUCACACAAUCAGCAAGCACUUGCUGUUGGUAUGCGUGAUGGAGGAGUCUUGAUUAUCCAAGCUCCACAGAUAUACCAUUGUGUAGAACAUGCAUAGGGUAAAACUGACUGGCCUGUCAAGGGCGCCUCUGAGAUAACAUUUCCACGUUAUAAUCCACUUCAAUUACUAUUUCGUACAUCGAUCGGCCAUGCAAGUGUAUCCACUUCUCUUUCGAGCCUGGGAACGUCGAUCCCAAAUACAACGCCUCGCAAAAGC